AUAGCGGACUUACACUGAAGUAUAAACACCCCACACUGCUAAUGGCGGAGUCAGUGGAACAGCGUUACAAGGACAAGGUGACAAUAGUCACUGGAGGGUCUAAAGGCAUCGGCAGGGGUUGUGUCGAAGUGUUUGUAAAACAUGGAUCCAAGGUGGCGUUUUGUGCAAGGGGAGAAAAAGAAGGUAGAGAACUGGAGGCAGAAAUGAAUAAGCGAGGUCCCGGGGAAGCUUUCUUUAUCACGUGUGAUGUUUCCAAAGAAGCCGAUAUAAAGCAUGUGAUUGCCAAAACAGUUGAGAAGUAUGGGAAGAUUGAUUGUCUCAUUAACAACGCCGGACAACAUCCUUCACACACGUCCAUAGAUGAGAUAUCUGGGGAUGAUUUCCGCCGACUGUUGGAUGUGAAUCUUGUCAGUAUUUUCCUGUUUUCCAAGUUUGCUUUGCCAUAUCUGAGAAAAACCAAAGGAAACAUCAUCAACGCUUCCAGUUUAGUUGGACAGAUAGGUCAGCCUGGCGCCACAGCCUACGUCUCCACCAAGGGCGCCAUCACCUCCUUCACAAAAGCCCUGGCAAUAGACGAAGCAGAACAUGGAGUUCGUGUGAAUGUAUUUUCACCUGGAAACGUGUGGACCCCGAUGUGGGAGCAGGAAGCCAGAUCUGCCCCCGAUCCCGUGGCAGCUAAACAAGCUGGAGAGGAUGCUCAGCUGAUAGGACGCUAUGGUACGUUGGAGGAGAGUGGCCUCCUGUGUCUAUAUCUCGCUGCUGAAGCCACCUUUUGUACUGGGAUCGAUGUGAAUCUGUCGGGCGGGGCAGAGCUGGACUACGGCUACAAAAAUAAAAUGAAAAAGUCUAAAGUGUGAAAGUUACAUUUCACCUGCUGCCUUUGAUAAUUUUAUUGAGUACAUGAUAAUGUAUUUUAUCUUUAAUAGUUAUUAUAAAGUCUGAUACUGUUUAUAUAUAGACGUCUGUAAUCAACAGUACUAUAUAACUACCAACUAUAGUUUUGUAUAUCAGCUCUGUAAAUCCAUUAUAACUAUAUAUAAGAACAUUUUGAUAUUAAGAAACGAAUAUUGUAAACGUGCCAGAUAGUCAUGUUGUAAAGAUAGCAGUAUAUUGUUUAUAGGAAACCUAUAAGUAAUGUUUACGUAAUACAUACUUAAUACAGAAUAAAAUGCAACUUAAACACAUCA